UUGCGCUUCCUGCCCCCGGACUGGCGUUGGGCGCUGGGCCACUGGCGAGUGUGCGCAGGUGCUCCGGGCACCUACGGCCGCCAAGGGACCUGCCUUGGCGAGGACCGAGGGAGACCCCGGGGCACCAUGUGCGCCCUCCCCGGCCUGCCGGGGCCCAGGGCGCCGCCCCAGCCGCUGCUCCUCCUGUGCCUCCUGGCGGCGGGGUGCCCGAGCUCCGCGGAUGACCAUCCCCCAGCUUCACCUUUUACAAGUCUACCUGCUCGAGAAGAAAUGCUGGCCAGAUACUCCAACCUUUCCUUGGAGAGUCACAACCUAUCCCUGACUGAAUAUUCCAAUGUUGCAGUAGAAAAAAAUAUCACUUUGCAAAGACCUUCUAAUGUAGAACUCACGUGCCAGUACACAACAUCUGGGGAUCUGAAUUCAGUAAACGUGACUUGGAGAAAAGAUGAUGAACUUAUUGAGAAUAAUUAUCUCAUCAAUGCAACAGGAAACAUUCUGUAUACCCAAUACAUGUUUACCAUCAUUGAUAGCAAACAAAUGGGAAGUUAUUCUUGUUUCUUCCAAGAGGAAAAGGAACAAAGGGGUACAUUUAAUUUCAAAGUCCCCGAACUUCAUGGAAAAAACAAACCAGUGAUCACUUAUGUGGGGGAUUCAACUGUAUUUAUAUGUAAAUGCCAAGAGUGUGUUCCUUUAAAUUGGACCUGGUACAGUAUGAAUGGGAGUGUACAGGUUCCUCUUGAUGUUCAAAUGAGCGAUAAGUAUGUGAUCAGUGGAACAAAUGCUAAUGAAACAAGGCUCAAGAUAAUGCACCUUUCAGAGGAAGAUCAGGGAGCUUACUGGUGCCAUGCAAUAUUCCAAUUAGGCGAGAGUGAAGACCACAUUGAACUUGUCGUGCUGACUUAUUUGGUGCCCCUCAAACCAUUUCUUGCAAUAGCUGCUGAGGUUGUUCUUUUAGUGGCUAUUAUUCUGCUUUGUGAAGUGUACACCAAAAAGAAAAAGAACCGCCCAGAUGAUGGGAAAGAAUUUGACCAAAUUGAACAGCUGAAAUCAGAUGAUAGCAAUGGUAUAGAAAAUAAUGUCCCCAGGUACAGAAAAAAUGAAUCUGUGAGCCAAUGAAUGAGAAGCCUCAUGCCAAGACUCAUGGGAAGAUGUACAAAGAGUUUGUAUUUCUGCCUUAUUUAUGCUUCCUGUUAAGAACAUCGGAGUUUUUAUUUUUAAAAGAAUAAAAAGUUUAAGCAACAUAUUCAGUAAUAGCUUUGUAAAUAACAGAUACUAUCUCAGAUCUAAAGAUAUUUUCAAUCUGCAAUUUGUUUACAUAAAAGCAAAGUAAGUUGUAUUAAAUAUGUUCUUUGAGCUAUAACCCAGGAUAAUUAAUCUUAUCCUGGUCCUCCAGGGACACACAGAACAGACACCAGCUAAUGUCACUCAAGACCUGUUCAUAACCAAAGAAUUCAUUUAAAAGGAAGCCUUUGCCAUUUGUCUUGAAAAGUAUUUUCCCCCAAUCGUGCUUACUAUGUAUAAAACUAUUUGUAAUGAUA